CAUUCCUUUAGUUCUACUCCUAUCACAAACUAAUAAAAAGUCAAUUACUACAAGCAAUCAAUUAACACAUUAUGAGCUCUUCUUUCUCUUUCUUCUUUGUUUUGAGUUUUUCUAGUCUUUUGCUUUCCACUAUUGGUGCAGGAUCCCACCACCACCACCACCACCUCAAAGAGCAAGAGAAGGAUAGAAUCAUCAAGCUGCCAGGGCAACCUUCAAAUGUCAACUUCUCUCAGUACUCUGGCUACAUUAGUGUGGACCCAGUGGCAGGCCGAGCCCUCUUCUACUGGUUGACAGAAGCCCCCAAAACGGUCCAGCCCAAAUUGAAGCCACUGGUUUUAUGGCUCAAUGGUGGGCCUGGUUGCUCAUCUAUUGCAUAUGGUGCUUCUGAGGAAGUUGGCCCGUUUCGGGUCCGACCCGAUGGCAAGACCCUCCAUUUGAAUCCAUAUGCUUGGAACAAAGAGGCAAAUUUGCUGUUUCUUGAUUCGCCGGCCGGUGUCGGAUUUUCUUAUUCAAAUACUUCAUCAGAUAUAUCCAAUGUUGGUGACAAAAGAACAGCUAAAGAUGCAUACACAUUUCUUGUUAAUUGGCUAAAGAGAUUUCCCCAGUACAAGCACAGGCCUUUUUUCAUUGCUGGAGAAAGCUAUGCAGGCCAUUAUAUUCCUGAGCUAUCACAAAUCAUUGUCCAGAAGAACAAGGGUGUCAAGAAUCCUGUUAUUAAUUUCCACGGUUUCUUGUUGGGAAAUCCACUACUUGAUGAUUACCAUGAUAAUAGAGGGACACAUGAGUAUUGGUGGAACCAUGGUUUGAUUUCAGAUUCUACAUAUAAAAAGUUGAAGAAAUAUUGCACAAAUGACAGUUACUUGUUCCCUAAAGAUGGAUGUAAUUUGGCUUUAGAGAAAGCUUUUUCUGAGUUUGGACAAAUCAAUCCCUAUGACAUUUUUAGCCCUGCUUGUUCUGCCACCUCUCCUGUUGUACGCAAGUUGAAGCCUCCUCCAAUGGCAUUGAAAUUCAGAGGAAAUGACGAGUGUGUGGUGAAGUACACAAGAAAAUACAUGAACCGUCCAAAGGUUCAAAAGGCUCUUCAUGCAAACAUAACUGGGAUUCCUCGUCUCUGGGCGCCUUGCAGUUCUGUAAUUAGAGGCAAGUGGAGUGAUUCUCCUAAAUCGGUGCUGCCAAUCUUCAAAGAACUUAUUGCAGCUGGCAUCAGAAUAUGGGUUUUCAGCGGUGAUACAGAUGCAAUUUUGCCCUUGACUGCGACGAGAUACUCUAUCAAUGCUUUAAAUCUGAAGAUCAACACAAGUUGGUAUGCUUGGUACGCUGAAAAUCAACAGGUUGGUGGUUGGAGUCAAGUUUACAAGGGCUUGACCUAUUUGAUAGUGAGGGGAGCAGGACAUGAGGUUCCUUUGACUCAGCCUAGACUUGCAUUUUUACUGUUGAACCAAUUUUUAAAAAAUGAGCCCAUGCCUCAUCAUUAACUUAAAGGACUUCUUCUUAAUUUGUCUAAUCUUGUAUUUUUCUUUUUAGUUUUUUUUUUUCUUUUUUUUUUU